UAAAAUUCUGCAUUUGAAAAGUUAUCUGUCAAAUCAAGACUGCGUUGCAAGCGUGCUCACUGGUCUUUUUGCUCAGCGUUCACCCUAUUCUCAUAUUGUUUUGGUUUCUCCCUGGCCACCACCGUUAUAAAUUUCACACAUGGCACGAGAAUCAACUCCACAAAAACACAAAUAAACCCAUUUUUCACAAUCAUGGAGAAACAUUGGAGAAAUCAGCAACCAAUUUGUUAUAGUAAUUACUUACUCUAUACUAAAUGGUGGUGGUGGUGGAUGAUGUGAUGUUACGUACUCUGGACUGGACUACUUUACAGCCAGUCAUCUGUUUGCCGUCAUCAAUUCAUCAUUCAUGACCCAAUCUUAUCAUAUUAAUUAAUUAUGAGCUCAUCUCAUAAUCUCAUCGUCCAACUUGAAUUACAAGGUUCAACCAGCCAAGUAAAGAGGCCGUCCCAAAUUCCAAAGUUGAAAAUGCACUGAUUCUAAACUAUCUAUCGUACUAUAAUUCCGAUAGUGUGAUUGUUGAAGUACCAUUUUUUAUAUCGAAACCGCGCACGAAAAUUCAAUCCCAUCCUACCUAACCAUGGCAGGUUACAUUUUAGGUCGGAUGUUUGGAGUAGAAUCAUACAAAGACAAGACCACGGCGCUUGUCCUGACAGCACAAGAAUCCGCCUACAAAGCCCUACUUGUGGUCACCACGUUCACGGCAGUGUUAUGGAUGAGCAUAUUUCUCUAUGCUAGUUUCUAUUAUAGUUAUAUGCCAGCAAUCUCACAUAUUAGACCAGUUCAUCUCCAAUAUCAAUCUUGCGGACGAUCCCCCGGCCUGUGCUCAUUCCCAUCAGCCAAUGUCACACUUACUCAGCGCCAACAAUUACUCAUGAUUGGUCAACCCUAUAAAGUUGUCGUGGAACUAGAACUUCCAGAAUCACCUCAUAAUCAGGCGACUGGAAUGUUUCUCGUGUGUGGUAAACUUAAAGGAGCCGAUGGUUACGUCGUGGAAGAGUCGUGUCGUUCUGCAAUUCUUCAUUAUAAAAGUUUUCUCCACAAUAUUAUCGCGACCAUGCUGUAUACUCCAUUUCUACUGGCUGGGUCGGCCGAAGAGAAGCAGUUGGUGGGAGUAGAAUUAUUUUCCGGAUUUACAGAACAUCCAGACAACCCAGUCAUUGAAACUUAUAUUGAAAUACAAUCCCAACAUGUUCACAUUUACCAGACAUAUCUCAAAAUUCAUGCUCAUUUUACGGGACUUCGCUACUUUAUGUACCACUGGCCAUUCUUAGCCGCUUCUUUAGGAGUCUCGAUUAAUUUCUUCUUUCUUACUAUGAUUGCUUUCUUGUCGUGGUACAAAUUAUUCGUCCCCAAACAAACCAUUCUGCAUGUCGGGUAUGAUGCAAAUGCUGCCCGAUCUGUGGAAGAAAAGCGACGUAUUCUUGCCAGAGAAAAGUCCAUAAAAGAGCGUGACGAAUUAUUUGCCAUGCAAAAAAUGGAACAAGAAGAAGAGGAUCAAGAACAAUUUAUUCCACAACCUAAAAAGCACCAAAAGAAAGUGAAAGACAACUCAGACGCCAGGUCAAAAAUGGAGGAAGACGAACUACCAACGUUUCCCUCAAGCAAACCUGGAUAUGAGUCGUCAGAAUUUUCCAAGAAAAAGGGUGAUAUUCCUACUAGAAAGAAAAGAGAAAGGUCCUCAGAUGAAUUUGAGGUUUUAGAGGAUGCUAAAGGCGUCGAGGACUAUUCUGAAGAAGAAGUUGAAGCAGAAGAUGACAAGGAGAAUAGAGGAGAAGGGCAUUCUAAAGAACAGAAAAAGAAGCCCCUAAAAUCGGACGAGUCGUCAUCUGGCAGUGGGGGUGUGAGAAAAAGAAAAAACUAAAUUAUUCUUUUUGGGAAUGGUUCAAUUUUCCAUUUCAUCAUCGAGAAAACAUUGUGAUGUAUAUUGUAGACUUCUUGCCAAAAAUAGUGUUAAUGACAACAUAUCCGACCAAAGUGUACUUAAUUUAGUUAUAUAUAAAUGACGAUACAAUGUGACAAGUUACCAACCAGGAAUUUAUGGAUUUACGUAUGCAUUUAUAGUUGUAGUUAUUACGAUGCUCACAAGCUACUUAGCAAAUAUUACAAUUUACUGUUCCUAUCAUAUAUGUACUCUAAUAUUGGAGUUCCAUAAAUCAUUCUGUCAAUUAACUAUUCCACAACGAGUUGCAUUUAAUGUAAUUGAUAUUAUUAAUUAUUAACUUCAACUGAAAUUAAUUCAAAUACAUAUUUAGAUAAUCAAAACCAGA